AAGGAAAAGAGUCUCGCUCCGUGUGGGAGAGGAGCCCUGAAAUUGGAGCUGCGGUUCAAAACCAAGGGGGCUUCGGGCUUUCCCCCUGUUUCCAUCCUCACAGAUAAGACGCACGGCCCCUUUGUGUGAUCGGAAGGAAGAGAAGGCUGCAUACAAACAUGUUCAAGUGGGAGACACUUAAUAGAUACAAAAGGAGAACUGAACCAUGACAGCAACAACAUUGUUCUCCUGCAGUAUAACAGUAUUUCUUUAUUCAAUCAAGGCAGGCUUCUCACUACCCUGUUCUGCUGGACAUGCCCACCUGGUCUGCUUCCAGUCAAGACACAGAGCUGAGUGCAUGGCCUCCCCCUCCACCCCUGCUCCCCAGGGAGCAGAACAGACUCUGAAACUCUUCAGGUCCAAGCAAAAUGCAGUUUGGGGCCCAGCUUCCUGGGAUACCACUCCCAAAAUGGGAUCAGACCUCCAAAUGAAUUAUUUAGAGGAAUGCAAAGUCUACGAUGUGUUUCUGAACCAAAAUUUUGUUCAUGAAGGACAGCCUCUUGCUGUCAACUGUUCAGUACAUAGAACACCGAAGCUUGAAAAUAUAGACUACAAUGUGACAUGGUUCAAAUCUGGUAGCCAAACAUCUGUGGCUAAAGAUAAACAUUCCAGAAUUCACCAGCAAAAUAACUUAAUUUGGUUUCUACCUGCAACUUUAGAAGAUUCAGGAUCCUAUGAAUGUGUCAUAAGGAAUUUAACAAGCUGCAGAAAAAUAUAUAUGAAGUUAACGGUUUUCAAGAAUAUUUAUGGUUUAUGCUUUAAUGAAAAAUUUACCAUUGGGGAGGAGAUACUAACAUCAUCAAAUGCUAAGGUUGUGUGCCCUCAUUUGGAAUAUUUCAGAGACGAGGAGAAUACUUUGCCCAUUCAGUGGUAUAAGGACUGUAAGCUGCUUGAAGAGGAAAGGUUUGUCUCUUUCAGUGAUUACCUUGUGAUUAAAAAUGCAACUCUACAUGACAAAGGAAACUACACGUGCAGAACAUCAUAUAGUUACAAUGGAAAACAAUAUAACAUUUCGCGAGACAUUAGUCUAACUGUGACAGUGAGUCCAUCGAACACACCACCAGAAAUAUUUUACCCAAGAAACAAUUCCAUUGAAGUAGAACUUGGCUCACGUGUCAUAGUGGACUGCAAUGUAACAGGCACUGAAACGUUUCAGGUGUACUGGACAGUCAACAACACGUACAUUGAUAAAUAUUUUAAGGAUAGAGUUUUUGAAGAGGAAGAUUAUGAAGGAACAACUUCCUAUGAAGGACACCCUCUGGCUACGGUGAGGCUCAACAUUUCAGAAGUGAAUAGUGAAGAUUAUGAACGUCACUUUGUCUGCCAUGCUUUCAAUUCCUUUGGCCAAGCUGCAGCAUAUAUUGUAUUACAACACAGAGUUACAGAUUUUCAGAGAUCACUGACUGGAGGACUCAUUGCAUUGCUGCUUUUAACAUGUAUUACUUUAUUGAUCUUCAAGCUUUUCAAGAUUGACAUUGUGCUUUGGUAUAGAAGUUCUUGCUGUCCUUUUGGAAAGAAAAAAGAUGGGAAGAUCUUUGAUGCCUACGUCAUGUACCCAAUAGCCAGUGGGGUGAGAGGCAUCUACGCCUUGGACAACUUUGUUCUGAGAAUACUGCCUGAGAUCUUAGAGAGACAGUGUGGAUAUAAUCUUUUUAUACUUGGAAGGGAUGAUUUACCAGGGGAAGCUGUGGCCAAUGUUAUUGAUGAAACGAUCAAACAAAGCAGAAGAGUGAUAAUCAUUUUAGAAUCAGAAGUAGCCAGUUACAAUGUGAUAGAAGAUACCUUUGAACAGCAACUAGUGCUGUAUAAUGCUCUUAUCCGGGAUGAAGUAAAAGUUAUUCUGAUUGAACUGGAUAAAAUACAGAACUACACGAACUUACCAGAAUCCAUCAGAUAUAUUCGGCAAAAGCAUGGGGCCAUCAGAUGGAAAGGGGACUUCACAGAACCAUCUGUUUCAGCAAAUACAAAAUUCUGGAAAAAGGUACAGUAAAACUCCAAUAGUCCGGCACCCAAUUGUCCGGCACCAAAAUGGCAAGUGCUCCUGAUGGAACCAGGACAGA